UGUAUACAUACUUAUAAUUUAUUUAAUAGACUGGGAGAUGGCAGGGCAACUCAUUGGUCUUCACUAUAGGCACCAGCUGCCAGCAUGGUCAUCUUCCACUGUCUUCUAUCUGAUUCACGGUUUCGCUUUGAAAGCAUUAAAUGGCCUAAACCUGCUCAACAGCUCCUCACUGUUUCAUCGUAGCGCAUAUAUUUACGGUAAGCUCUACGCUAUGGGCAAACAAGGAGUGGAGAGCGUCGAAUGUACACUCGCGUGCAGAUAAAACUAUAUUCCCAUCGACGCCACCCAACUACGGUUUCCCGCUGGGUUGGCUUGUCCAGUCUACUAUCUACGAUUCGUUAUAUGACGAACGUUCGCGGACCAUUCAAAUAGAAUCAAGUAAACGGACGAGUGUCGGGCGACAGCGACGGUGGGCGAGAAUCGAAGGCAUGUUGAGUAGGCCUCAAGAACACUGUUAGAAAUAUUAGUGGACGUUUGAAGAAGGUGCAGAUGUUGUAUCUGCAGCGCCAAUGGCACUAUGGUCGAAGCACGUAGGCCUUAGAUGCGUCGACAGUUUUUUUUUGAUAGAGUCUGACACGAAAAUUGAGAGCACAAGGGAAACUUUCGAAAUCAUUGUCACCAGGUGCGCCGCAUGAGUCGUUUCAUCGCGGCUUUUCAUGCCAUGGGUCUCACGUACAGCGACAUGAGAAAAUACCUUUGUGCGGAUCUUAGAUAGAAGAUAGAGCCACAAAGCCAGCUGGGAUCUCGUACCGUCUUCUAGGCGCAGCGCGACGUGCAUCUUGCCGAACAAAGCAGAUACUACCGCCGAACGCGUCCCUAUCUGCUAGAUUUAACUGUCUUAAAAAUUCUAUAAUGAAACUUAAAUUGGCUUUUCCUGUUGUCCUGCUGUUAGAGUAAAGUCAAAACUAUGACUUGAUAGACCCUUUUAUCUAGAGGCAGGCUGUAUGUGAACAGGAGAACGAGAAAAAUAUAACAGAGAUCAAAUGAGGAGGCGGGUCAGGGUACGGAAAGUACCCGAAUUGAUAAAGCCAAAGUCACCAUCGAGGUUAGCCUUUCGACCUUCCCUGAGGCCAGACUAUGUGCCCACGUUCGAAGCGAACCGCCACUAUGAAGACAUGCAGGAGCGGACGAAAUGCCACAGCCCUCGGCCGGUUGUCAUAGAGGUGCAAAAAGAUUACUCGAACGCGUCUAUUGAGUAUUUACCAUCCUGCACCAUUUUACACAGGUGCGACAGUCAGUCAGGCUGCUGCGGACACGGGCGAACCUGUCAAGCCCAGCGGAAGGAGUUGGUUGAUCUUUAUUUCUAUGUGAUUCCCGCUGACAGGACCCAAAAGCAUGGUAGCGACAUACUCAAACUUUCCUUCACGAACCAUAGUGUGUGCGCUUGUGAAGAGGAUUUAGUACCAGAAGACAUCCAUGCCGCUAACCCGUCCACACCAUCAAAUUCAAACGACAACGCAAACGAGACAUUCGACGAUAUACCCGAUGAGGAAUUCAUUCCGGAGCACAGGUGUAAACGUUGCCCAGAACCGUUCGCCGAACGAGUCCUUAAAGAUUUUCAGUGUACAUGUGACUGUUUCGAUCAAGACGUGAAGUGCACCGCUAUUAAAAAAGGCCGUAAGAGGAUGCCUCAGACGGACGUCAGGUGCGUUAGGACUGGCGACUGUGGCGUGCCCCAGUGCUCGACCGGAUCGUUCGACGCACGUAAGGGCCGUUGCCCACUCUUGACACAGCGAAAAUACCGGCACGCGCGGCAGAGAGGGCACCGUUUCGAUGAGCUUGAUAAAACUGGGCACGAGUAGAGGUGAUUUUAUUCCUUUAAAAGAACAAAGGAUGAUGAGCAGUAACUUAGAGCUCAAACGCCACCGAAGCAGCUGAUACAGCACACAACGGUACCAGACACCUGAUGCAACUGCUGGCAUAUAUGUCUUGGAAUGAAACUCAAUAAGAACAAAAGACAUGAUGAUUUUUUUCUAACUUGCUAAUAAACGUACAUGCUCACAUGGAUGCAGAAUUCUACGGGCAAAGUGCUCGAAUCGAUUGUGUCCUAAUCUUCUGAUUUGGCAUUAUACAUUGAGGUAUUGCGAGUUUAUGCCUGCUUGAAGGCUGAUGAUUGCAUUUGCGGUAGCGACAACAAGGAAGCACUCGUAGGUUUGUCAAGAAACAGGAUUUGAGUCCGAAUGGUACCAUCGAUAGAUUUUUACCGAGUGAGCGCGGAAGCUCUUUUAUAGGCGAAUAUACGAACACAGAAUGAUGGAUUGUGUGAUACCAAACAAUAAGCGUGCGUUAAACGAAAAUUGGCGCAAGUUAGUCUACGUAAAGAAAAAGGGGAUUUAUCAAAGGUCAGAAGAAGUCAGCCGUGCAUGUGGCGGACAUUUUUUUUGCUGAAAAUAUUCCUGAUUCGAAUGUACGUCGUAGGUUUUUCGUGAAUUUAUUUUAGGUAGAUUUGAACCGAUCUCUAUUGAUUUAAACCUCGGUGUAUAUUUAUUAGACUGAUAGGAUUCGGUCAUAUCGCUGAACCUUUAACGUUUGAGCCCGACCGACAUUCAGGUUUUGCAACCCAAAUACCUACACAAGUAGCUAACGAAUCCUGAGAGCGAUAAUAUUCAGCUCCGUUUCAGUUAUGUUUCUGAUUUUCAAGACAAAAAUUAAGUUGCCGUCAACUGCGAUAGGAAAGAUUAUAUCAAGCCCGAUCGAGGAAGUUCCAUGAUCUAAGUUUCUUUUCUCAAGCUUGUCGCGUUGAAAGUAGGAAAAAAAUGUAGCACUUUAAAGUUACUAAGUUCGAUGCUGGAGCUUUGUCAAAAAUGUAUUAAGAAUAAUAUGCCUCGUGACGUUAUCUAACUUUCUGUCUAGACUGUCCUAUGAAACUGAAAUGACCCCUCGGUCAGUGUGGUUGAGCGUAAAUCCUUUAAAUUAUUUGUGGCGUUUUUUUAGUUCUUUUUUUUUGUAAAUACGUUCGAAUCGUUAAUUUAUUGAGAUCUGUAAAAACCAUCUUAAAAUUAAACAUAAAUUAUUUUCACAAUAGUCCGUGCCAUCCCUGUCGCGAGUUAUUGCUAACCAUAUAUAACGAUAUAAAACAACAACUUCCAAGAAACAAAACUGAAUUCAAAACAAGAAGGAUCUGUCUUUUGUUAUAGACAGACGUUCACGAAAUAUACUAUUGUUUCUUUUCUUACAAUCAAUGUGCGUGCAUUUGACGUAAACCUAGCCAUAUUUUAAAUAUGACCUAAUCAAAAGCGACGAUUUCGAGUCGUCCAAUAUUGACAGCGAUGGACGAUCACACAUGUGAAGAAAGCAUGGCAGAAGAAAGUUUGGCAUGCCAAUUUUACAUGUCAACUUGACAAUUUACACAUGAAACAAAUAGGGUUUUCAGUUUGCCUACGUGCAUAUUAUCACAUGAGACCGUCUGAAACUGACAAGUAACAUUAUGGCGAUAUCCUCACGUAUCAUAAACAAGUGAAUCACAAUGCAAUGUCCACCUACAUACAUAUUUAUAUCACUCGGAAGUGCUUUCCGUCCCCUGCAUGAACUCAUUGUGAUUUUGUUGCGCAUCAAAGGGAACUUCAUUUAGAGUUGAAGCUACAAAGAUGGAUGUUUCUGCUGAAAGUUGUGUUCUACGAUAUUUACUAACUAAUAAGGUGUUGGAAUGGCUCGAAUAAUUUGUGACGAGGGCCCUAUAACUGAACUCGAGGAUGAUCUUUUCGAACUGGAAAGUGCACCUUUCUUCGGUUGGCCGUCUAAGGUUGAUGGGGUACCUGGGUGGUAAAAGCUCGUUAGUUUACCAAGAGCAUGAACUGGGUUCAUGCAACUCCUAGCAGCCAAACUAAACUUGAGAGCUUGGAUACCCCAUCGACUGAGCGAAUCCUCAUUUUCUACCUAUACCCUACCCAAUUGCAGGUUGUUACAACCACUUCAUAAGAGUAUGAAUGGACAGACUUCGUGCUGGCCGAUUAUUAUUACUUUUUUUUUUUUUUUUCGGAUCCUUGGCAUAUAAAAUUCAAUACAAUGUAUUUGGUAACGGAGAGAGUCUUAGAAAUUUGUCCAAUGACUUAUUGAACACCAAAUCUAAAAAUUCUCCAAGAGUCGAAAUAAAUAAAUCGAAAGAUGGACGACGGUCGUCGAAAAUAGUG